AUGGAGAAAGUAAAGUAUAAGCGUUCCUCGUUCUCUUAUUGUAUCUCUCUCUUCCAUUUGGUUCUCUCGCUCGAUAGAUCUCAAGCUUCAGUCAUGUCAGGCAAGUAUAUCGUGUCUGCUGUUCUUGGAUCAUUUGGGAUUGCAUGGGUUUGUGAUUAUUAUAUUUCUGACAAAAAGAUUUUUGGAGGUUCUACCCCUGGCACUAUUACAAACAAAGAGUGGGCGGAAGAGACUGACAAAAAAUUGCAGGCGUGGCCUCGUACUGCUGGUCCACCAGUGGUUAUGAAUCCCAUAAGUCGGCAAAAUUUCAUUGUGAAGUCUCAGUCAGAGUGA